AUGAGUCAUGCUCAGAAUGCGCCAGGUGCUGUGAGCGGUACCAUAGAGGCAGAUGACUCUGCAAGACACAUUUCACAAGGAAGCCACGCAGAAACUAUAAAAAAAGUAGUCGAGGGUAUAGGUGUUGCUGGUGAAGCCGUAAUGCCUUUCAUACCGUUACUAGCCGCAGUAACGUUAGUUAUCGACGAAAUUGUCAAAACAUAUGAAGCGGCACAGUAUAACAAAAAAAUAUGUAAUGCAUUGAUGGAUCGUGUAGAAGCUGCGCAAUUGGCCGUCAAAGCAUUACAACGCCGGCAAAAAGAGAACGAGAAAAAAUUUCGAAAUCAGGCUUAUUACGAAUCGUUUAAUCGGUUUCUGCAAGUUUUAAAGAAAAUCAAGAAAUUCAUUCAGGAUGUAUCGCAGCUUCAAGGGUAUCGUAAAUUUACACAAGCUAAUUCGGUAAAGGAUAAGUUUAAUGGCCUUAUUACGGAAUUUGAACAGGUUGGUCGGGAUUUAAAUUUAGCUAUUACGAUUGCUACUGAAGAGCAACGACGUAUUGAUCGAGAAGCAUUAGAAGAAGAUAUAGCAGGAAUGAAAGUUUUCUUGGCGAAUAUCGAGGGGGGUAUUACAAAUCAGAACAAACAAAUCAAUAUGUUUCUUGAAGAAUUUUCUUUACUAAAAGCAAAAGUCGAAAAAUCUGAAUCAUCCAAACAAGAAAUGCGACCAACACAAAUACCUUCAUCUGAAAUCGAAUUUCCACUAAGACCCCCAUCAAAUAGAGAAUGCCCCACAGAAAAGAGAAUGUGGAGAAAAUUAGAUGUCGAAAUAAAACCUCUUAAACUUUCCGAUGAUGAUAAAACGAGAAUUGAAACUGAACUCGCAUUAUUAGGAAGAUUACGAGAAGGAAGAAAUAUCAUUAAAUUUUAUGGUCUUUCGAAACUAGAUGGUCAGGAUGUAAAGGUUAUGGAAUGGGCAGAAUUUGGAAAUCUUCGAAGUCUGUACAUGAAAAAUGAUAUUGAAUGGCCGUUGAAAAUACGAAUUGCGAUUGAUAUUUGUCGUGGACUUCUUUUCUUGCAUGCGGUGGAUAUUUUGCAUCAUGAUAUUCGAUGCGAAAAUAUUCUGUUGACGGAUCAUUACGAGGCAAAAAUUGCUAAUUUCCAUCUUAGUCGCGUUACAGAAGGUCCAACUGUGGAUAUAAAAGGAAAUAUUAUCGAAAUUGUUCAUUGGCUAGCACCAGAGAAGUUUUCUAAUAAACCGUUUAAACCAUACACAACACAAUGUGAUAUCUUUAGUUAUGGAAUGUUACUCUGGGAAUUGGGUCAUGCGAAAAAACCGUAUGAAAACAUGACUAUUAAAGAAAUUAAAGAACAUGUCGAAAAAGGAAAUCGAGAAAUAAUAAAUUUUGGCCUUUAUCCAUCGGGAAUUCAGGUUGAAUAUACGAGACUGAUUAGAGAAGCCUGGGCAGGGGAUCCAUAUAGUCGUCCCACUCUCCAAGAAAUGUUCUUGAAAUUAGAUAAAAUAAGCGAGACUUAUCAUUCAGGAAAAAGCCCUGGAUUGUAUCCGCGUAGAGAUUUAGGUAAUUCGGAUGUUUCCCCUUUGGAAACUUUCUCCUCUCCUCCUUCACGACACAAUUCCACGCCUAGCAUCGAGGUCAGUUCAGACGGUUUUCCCAAAUUCGAUUUCGACGAAAUAGAAGUUCCAAUCAAACCAUUAAUGCCACUUGAUGACGGAAUAAAAGCAUAUAAAGUACGCGAUUUCGCGACUGCUUGGGAAUGUUUUGCCGGACACGCCAAAAUAAAGAAUAGCAGAGCGAUAUACUGGCAAGGGUGGUAUCUAUGGGAAGGGUUAGAUGGGCCUAAGAAACUUGAGGAAGCCGCUCGUCUAUUCAAACAAGCAGCCGACGAUGGUAUCGCGGAAGCACAGCUUCGAUACGCCCUUUGUAUAUUGAAUAGUGAAGGCGUGAGAUAUAAUCGAGAUGAAUUUUUAAAGUAUUUGCGAUUUGCAGCUGAUAAUGGGAAUCCGUCGGCACAAUAUUAUUUAGGAGAUGUGUUGUUGAACGGGAAACUUGGUGUUGAGAAAGAUGAGUACGAGGGCGAAAAUUAUAUCAGGUUAGCGGCUAUAAAAGAACAGCCGAAAGCUCUUAGAGUAUUGGAGGCACGUGGAGUCAAGUUAUAUGGAUAG